AUGAGCCAGACGACAGCUCGCGCGGAAGCCAGCGCUGCGCCAGCCCAGCGCAUCCUCUUCCUCGGCGCGACGGGCUUCAUCGGCUCGGCGGUCCUGCACGCCCUCCUCGCCUCGCAUUGGGACGCAAGCUUCACGCUGUAUGGGCGCAACUGCGCAGCCCUCAGCGCGAUCGCGAGCCUAGCGAGCAAGGGCCACGCCGGCAGCAUCACGACAGCGGUCUAUGCGCUCGACGACGCCGCGCUGUCCGAGCAUGUGGUCGCCUCGGACGCAGUGGUCAACUGCCUCGGGAGCGAGAUGCCGACGCUCACCUCCGCGAUUCUCACCUCCGCGCGGCACAAGUUCGAGGCCACGCGCCAGAGACUAGUCUACCUCCACACAUCGGGGUGUGACGUGCUCGACCGGGUGCUCCGCCCCGGUGACCUCGAGGCGUGGGACGUGGACUUUGGCCCGCCGUCCAAGCUGACAGUGUACACUGACGCGGCGGAGCUACCUCCCGGCCAAAGCCCGCUCUCCGCCGUCCCGGACACGCCGCGGCGCGCGCACGACGCGCUAAUCGACGAGGCGAACGCAGCAGGAUAUGUGCGCUGCUACACGCUUCUCCCGUCGUGCGUGUACGGCCCAGCAAGCAACCCGUUCGCGGCGGCAGGGCACGCCGCGCGCCUGUCGUGGCAGGUGCCCAACCUCAUCCGUAUCGCGCUCGACCGGCGCGCGCCAGCUCUGCUCGGCAACAAUGACGCACAGUGGACGUGGAACCACGUGCACGUUGACGACCUGGCAGCGUUGUACGCGCUCGUGUUUGCGCGUGCUCUCGCCGGCGCGGAAGGGCCAAGACACUUCAUCGCUGAGAACGGGUACUACACGCUGCGAGAGGUAGCCGACGCCAUCGGGCGCGAGAUCGCCGUCCGCGAGCUCGGCACGGCGACUCCGUCUGCGCUCAGUCCUGAAGAGCGGAGGCAGUACGCGCUCGAGCUGACGUAUCAAACGGCCGUGAGCCGGGCGGUCGGGUCCAACGCGCGGUCAGCAGGCUGGACCCCGGCGAACGACCACGCCGGCUUCCUCGCCUCGAUCGCGCACGACGUCGCCGAGGUGCUCUGCGAGCGCGAGCGCACGUCGUAGCCACACCAUGCAUUAUUCACCC